UGCACCCAGCUGAGCUAACAACACCAAGAACCAAUUUUUGAUUUUUAUUCUUAUUAUUAUUUUUUAUAUUUAUUUUAUGUAUUUAUUUUGAUAGAAAAACUAAAAACAGAGAUAAAGGAAGGAUGGGAAGCGCGAGCGUUGCUAUUGUGCCGCAGUUGCAACUCCACAGUUGCUGCUACAAGCGGCGUGGACCAAUCAGAAGCGAGCUGAGGUCUAUACAGGUCCGAAAUUCGAGGAGAGCCAGGUUGAGAUUCGAGGUUGUUAACCGUAGGAGUAGUAGGAGUCUCCGCGACGUCGUUUGUUUCGCCGUUGAUGACGAUGUGAGAGAGAAGGAGUUGGGUAUUUCUGUUGGUUCGGUCGUUGAGGAUAGGCCUGAUGUGUCUGAUGGCUCAAGAGAAGAAAGUUUAGAAAAUUUUGGGCAAGAAAAUGGAAGAGAGGGUGCACUUUAUGAUUUUCUUUAUCCUAGUAAAGAGCUCCUCCCGGACGAUAAAGAAAUGACCAUAUUUGAUCAUCUUGAAGAGCUGCGUCAGAGACUAUUUGUGUCAGUUUUGGCAGUUGGAGCUGCUAUUUUGGGAUGCUUUGCAUUUUCAAAAGAAUUAAUAAUGGUUCUUGAAGCUCCUGUCAAAACACAAGGUGUGCGGUUCCUGCAGCUAGCUCCCGGUGAAUUCUUCUUUACAACUUUGAAGGUAUCAGGAUACUGUGGCCUUCUAUUAGGAAGCCCUGUCAUUCUCUACGAGAUUAUUGCCUUUGUUCUCCCAGGUUUGACGAAAUCAGAGAGGCGGUUUUUGGCACCAAUUGUAUUCGGCUCGUCUAUACUUUUCUAUACCGGUAUUAUCUUCUCGUACUUGGUCCUGACACCAGCAGCCCUAAAUUUCUUCGUUAGUUAUGCAGAAGGAGUAGUUGAAUCAUUGUGGUCCAUUGAUCAAUACUUUGAGUUCGUGCUUGUGUUAAUGUUCAGCACAGGCUUGUCAUUCCAGGUACCAGUCAUACAAGUACUGCUGGGACAAGUUGGUCUAGUGUCUGGGGAUCAAAUGCUGUCAAUUUGGAGAUAUGUAGUGGUUGGUGCAGUUGUUGCAGCUGCUGUACUUACCCCAUCAACUGAUCCUCUAACUCAGAUGCUUCUGGCAGCCCCCCUACUGGGUCUUUACUUGGGUGGCGCAUGGAUGGUUAAGCUUACAGGGCGUUGAACCACACUGAUUUAAAUGCAUGGAAUUGUAUAUUCAAAAAAUGAUAUGGUAUAUAGAUGAGAAGCAGAGGAUGAAUCGCCCAUUUUAAUGUACUGUUAUCAUUGUAAAAGCUUUCUGAUGGAAAUAUAAUGGUAUGAAACCUAGUUGUCUCGUCCA